CAUCAACGUCCAGCAGCGAUGCCGCCUCGAGUACCCAUCGCAACCUGCCUGCGGGCAUCAAAGGCCCCCGUCCCCAGCCUCCCUUCCUCUCUCCCCAUCCGACCCUUCUCAACAACCCCGAUUCCUCAGAUCCCGCGUCCCAAACGGAAACACCAAGACCAGUACACCCUCGCCCAAGCCCGCGCCCGCAAAGCUGCCAACCUCAGCCGUCGUGCCGUGCUGUCCACUGAGCGCUCCGCCGCCCUCGGCGACCCAGUGAAGGGUGUCACCACCCCCUUCGUGAAAUCCUUCGACACCGGCUCGGCCCCAGAGCCAUUGCCCGACUACCUAGAACCCGACUCCGCGCUCCCCAAGCCAGCCGAGAAAGCCCAUCUCAACUUCUUCCUCACGCCAGAGAAGGUCUCAGAGUCGGUGCUGUACUCCGAACGCAUCUCCACACCUCGCCCACCCAAGAAUAUUGAAGGAGACAAGUACCAGAUUCUCAAUGAAAUCAGCCCAGAGGAGCAGGAGAAACAGCGCGUCGCGGCGCACGAGAAGGCCGCCGCGGCCGUCAGCAUGAUCACCGCGCUUGAGAAUGGGAGCUCCAAGGACCGGCUGCGCGUGAAUAUCCAGCGCUGCAUCGACAUGUUCGGCCGCCACAACACCGACCAUAUCCUGCCGCCUAAGCCCGCUUCCCUGUUGACAGAGGGCGUAGUACCCCCGACGCCGGAGACGAACGAGGAAGCGGCGAAGUGGCGCGCCGGCCCGGAUACCGGGAGUAGUGAGGUGCAGAUUGCGAUUUUAACGGCGAAGAUAAGGACGCUGGCGGAGUUCUUAGAGACGCGGGGAAAGAAAGAUAUGCAUAAUAAGCGGAAUUUAAGGGUCUUAGUGCAUAGGCGGCAGAAGUUACUGCAGUAUUUGAGGAGGAGGGAGAGGGGCGGCCCGCGAUGGCAGCAUUGCAUCGAGACGCUAGGGCUCACAGAGGGGACCUGGAAGGGCGAGAUCAGCUUGUGAGAUGCGCUGUGUUGGCAUUUGUAGAAUAUGUGGUAGUCGGGGAGAUGAGACUGGAGGAGGCAUCGUGAUCAUAUGUACAAAACCCCGAUCCGAUUCUAAUUUACGUACAAACGAAUCCUAUAAGAGCACCAGGCUCUCGAUAUAAACAUUCAGAUUUUACUUUUCCUUUUCUUUGAACUCAAUAAGCCACAUAUGCACUGUCAAGGCCACAAAAGCUCAAUUGCCAGACUCCUUUCGGUUUCAACAGCUCGUACGUAAGCCCUGAGGGCACCCCAAGCAGCGGCGAGUAAAUGUAGACAGACUUUGGGCAAGACAACGGUGUUUCAACACCCC